CAGUCUCGCCAUUGAACUCUAGUGCAACCUCCUGAUGAAAUUCUCAUCUCCCGGUACCAACGCUCCCUGUCAACCUCCUGCCCAAUCAAGCCACACCAACUCAUCCUUGUUCAAUCAUAAAGCCGCGCGCAUCCCCUCCACCAGACCAGCAGCUCAGAUCUUCGCAGCUCGUUGGACGACACGUGGCGCGAUGGGAUUGGAAGCCCCUCAUGCGUCACAGCAAGCACCAGUGUCGUCCAACAUGGUGGUGCCGACUCCUCCUGCGUCCACCGCUCACAGCCCUAACCGCUUAAACGCUGACAGCCCUAACCACCUGGGCUCUCAUCAUCUCGACUCUCACAGUCCCCACCACCUAGACGCUUACAGCUCGCACCAUACGACGAGCCCUUGCAGUUCUAUGGCGGUCCAAGCAGCCACAGCAGCAGCGGCAACCACGGCUGCAGCAACGACCGCCGCCUUAGCAGGUCCAAUAGGAGUCAGCCACGUGUGCGCUGGUCUAGACGUGCACGCCUCUCCAUUUCAGGGCAUCUCGUUUCUUUCACAGUUGCCUCUAUCGAGAAGCAUGAGCAGCAGCAGCAGCAGCAGCAGCAGCUUUGGCAGCAGCAGUAGCUUCAGCAGCAGCAGCGUGCAGUCGUUGCUAGGAAGGGGUGGCAGCUGGCAGGCGAUCCAAUUCGCGGCGGGCUCUGGCACGGGGCUGGGCGGCGCUGCAUGGUGGCGAGAGCUGCACGAGGCGGCAGCAGCCGCCACCAGCAGCUGCGAGAACAGCCCGCGCGGGCAGCAGCAGCGCAGGGGGUUCAGCCCGCGAGGGGAUACGCAGAAGGUGGUCGUCAGCCCCCCAGGGGAGCAGUGCAGGGAGUUCAGUCCCAGAGGGGAGCAGCGGAUGGAGUACAGCCCCCGCGGGGAGCAGCGCAGGGAGAGCGGCACUCAAAGCAGAGAUGGCAGCGGCAACGGCAGCAGCAUGGACAGUGUUGGCACCGGUGCCAUCAGUGCCAGCAGCGGCAGGAAAGCCAGUGCGAGUGGAGUUCCCGAGCCACUGCGGUGGCUGCCGCGGUAUGUGAAGGUGGUGGAGGUGGGACCCAGGGACGGGCUGCAGAACGAGCGGCAGCAGGUGCCGGUGGGGGUGAAGGUGGAGCUCAUCCAUAGACUCAUGGCCGCUGGGCUGCCCGUUGUGGAGGCUACCAGCUUCGUGUCCCCCAAGUGGAUCCCCCAGCUCUCAGACGCACCGGAGGUGAUGCAGAGAGUGCAGGGCAACGGGCGCACCAAGCUGCCCGUGCUAACGCCCAACCUAAGAGGCCUUGAGAACGCCGUGGCAGCAGGGGCCAAGGAGGUGGCGGUCUUUGCUGCGGCCUCUGAGGCGUUUUCCAAGAAGAACAUCAACUGCUCGGUGGAGGAGAGCUUGGAGCGGUACAGAGCGGUGUGCGAUGCUGCCAGGGACAGAGGCAUUCCCGUGAGAGGAUACGUGUCAUGUGCGGUGGCGUGCCCUUAUGAGGGCCACGUGGAGCCAGCAGCAGUGGCGAGGGUGGCCAAGGCUCUGCACGACAUGGGGUGCUAUGAAGUGUCUCUGGGUGAUACCAUCGGCAUCGGCACUCCUGGCUCGGUGGCACCUAUGCUGGACGCGGUGUGUGCGUGCAUGCCACCCUCCUCCCUCGCUGUGCACUUCCACGACACCUACGGCCAAGCGCUCGCGAACAUCCUAGUAGCACUGCAGAUGGGCGUAUCGGCUGUUGACUCUUCCAUAGCAGGCUUAGGCGGCUGCCCCUACGCCAAGGGGGCGUCGGGCAACGUGGCAACUGAGGACGUGGUGUACCUGCUGCAUGGGCUGGGCAUCGAGACGGGGAUAGACUUUGACAAGCUGCUUGAGGCGUCAGCAUUUAUUAGUCAAGCGUUAGGCAGAGAGCCCUGCUCGCGUACUGCUGUGGCUCUAGCGCGCACCAGGCAAACGUUGGCUGAGACACCGAAGCUGUGAUGGGGUGUGGAGUGCGGUAGGUGGGGUGUUGUAUGUGGCAACAGAGGGCGUGCUGUAUGUGCUGCAUGGGCUAGGGAUACAGACAGGGAUCGACUUUGAUAAGUCACUCGAGGCGUCUACCUGUAUCAGUGACGCGUUAGGUAGAGAGCCCUGCUCGCGCACGGCUGUGGCUCUAGCGCACACCUGGUAAACACUGGCAGAGGCGCCCAGGGAGGGACAUACGGUGGACAGGCCGGCAUUCCUUGGUACAAACUAACGCGAGCGCUCAAGGAGACAUAGGAGAACGAAGGGCAGGCAGCUGAAGGAAAAACAUCGGUACUGUCUGGGAACAGAGGGGGUGUGGGAGAGAGUGGAGUGGACAGGGGAGUGAUGGGAGGGUAGAGUGGACAGAGUGGAGGUAAAGAAGGGUCUGUCUGUCAGCGGGAUGCGGCCAUAUCCAUGAUUUGAGAUAUGAAGUGUACAGGGCGUUGUUGGGUCGUGCAUGGACAUGCACCCAGUCUGGUGAGCCGUGCUUCAUCAUAGUUGUCAUCUGAAGGUGGUGUGACAUGUCUCUUGUAAUAUGAUGCUUUGUUAGUGUUGAGUGUGCGAAUUUGUUG